AUGAGCACACGUACAACUCGUUCUACUCGAACGAGCACGAAGCAAAACUCUGCUCGCUCAUCUGCUCCUCUUUCGAAAAACUCCAAAGCAAUCAAAUCGCACGAUGUAGAACCGCAAUCAGGGAAGGAGAAUCAAAAUACUAAGGACAUUUCCCCUCCGACAACUGCUCAAGGGAAAGACUCAACAAUGAUCAAUGCAGCUUCGGACAAGAUAUAUUGCUCAUGUAAAAAAGGCGAUGACGGUACCCCGAUGAUCUAUUGUUCAGAGUGCAAAGAAUGGUAUCACUUUGCAUGCAUCAAUCUUGACGAAACGGAUGCUGAAGAUAUUAGUGUUUAUGUAUGUUCUUCGUGUUCCGACAAAACUGGUCUGCAUACCCUCAUGACUUGGGAGGAGUCUGAUUUCGCAGAGUCUUCAAAGAAAUCAGGUCCGACAUCCGGAUCCUCAAACACCUCAAAUGCCAGAAAGAGGUCAAAAACACCGAAAGAACCGACGUUCACGGGAGCUCCCGUGAAAGACGAAGAACGAACUCCAGAACCAGAACCCCCGUCUGCCUCUGAAGAUUCAGAUGAUAAUUAUGUGGUGGAUACUAAAGCUAAAGGAGGUCACGGAAAGCGACGUACUCGUAGAGUAUCAUAUCACUCAGAUUCCGAUUUGUCGGAUGUCGCUGACAAACCUGCCCGUAUCCGCAAAGCUUCCUCCCCAUCACUAAAGAGAAUUGCUAAGCGUACCGUUGAUGGUCCGCCCACGAAGAAGGCAAAAACUUCAAAUGUUGUGGAUGACCCCACUAGAAAGUAUUGUCUUGGGAAGCUUGAGGACGUUUUUCGAGAUAUAUUUCUUCGUUAUCCCCAUAUACGUAGAGAAAACGAGGAUGAUAUUGCCGAAGUGACGGAGAAGCAGACAGAGGAUUUGACGGAAGAGGAUAGGAACAAUGUUUUGGAAAGUUCUAAGCAGUUUGCUGACGAUCUCGAAAAAUGUGUAUUUGAGAUAUAUUCCGAACCAGAUAAACACGGAAAUCAGACAGCGGCAGCAAGAUACAAGGAUCGUUUCCGGAUGCUUCAGUUCAAUCUUAGCAAAAUCGAUCGGGUUGUGCUUCACAAGCGUAUUGUUUCGGGUCACAUAACUCCCAAAGAAAUAUCUGUCAUGUCCUCUACUGACUUGGCAAACGAGGAGCUAAAGCAGUCCAUCAAAAGUGCUGAACAAGAGUCGUUGAAACAGUCAAUCUUGACCAAAAGUAAUGCGCCUCGUACGAAAAUUACGCACAAAGGCCUCGAAGAUAUUGAGGAUAUCAGUGGCCGCGACAGUAAUCGUGAGCGUGAGCGCCAACUUGAGGAGGAAGAGCGGAUGGAGAAGGAACGUUUGGCGAGGCUGAGGGCUGUUGAACCUCGGCAACGUACGGUGUCCCUCUCGGUUCCUCCUGAGUCUCCUGUUGUUCCAGCUAGCGAAGGCUGGGGUGCGCCUCCCCCAGUUCCUCCACAUGCAUUGGAUAUGGCGAGGGAAACCAACGCCACACGUCCCCCGUUAUACUUACAUACGUCCUCUGACUUGGGCACCAGCGAACCAGAAAUGAAUUUAGCGGAUCUCAUCAAUAUCGACGAUGAACCGGGUUCAAACCAAGCUGUCGCAUCUCCGAAAGAUGUCCAAGAAAGCAUUGAAGCCGACGCUCCAGCUGUCCUGCGAUCGCCUACUGGUAUUUCUCCAUUUGCAAUCCAACCAGCACCUUCCCCUUCUACAUCGUCUCCUUCCGCUCAACUUCCCUCAGCACAGCCUCCUACUCCACGGCCUUCUAUAUUUGAUCUGAAUUCACUCUGGUCUCGGUCAAAUUCGUCGAACCUCUCGAGCGGUCCGUCUACCUCUGCCGCAGAACCUACCGCAAACGUUGAACCUGAUGAUCACAACGACAUGGUUAUGGACAGCGAACCUGUUGCUGCCAAUGAUCAAGAUUUCGAUAUGCUGCUCGAAGAGAGGGAGCCUGAAACACCAGAAAUAGUUCAGGCUACAUUCGACACUAUUCCUCAAGUGUGGACCGGAAAGAUCAAUAUGCCUCUCGAUUCCGCUAUCCCUCAAGAGACACCGGUAGUUGGCCGCCAAAUAGGUGGUAAACCUAUCGCUGUGACAUCUGGUCAAUGGAAGACCUUGUUUCCAUCUGAUGUUCUCAGGAUCGAUGGGCGCGUUCCGAUUGAGAACUCAGCCAAGUUCUUGCUGCAAAUGCGCAUGAAUCCAACAAAGGAACUGGUCGCUGUUGCGUUCUCGCCAGUACCUGGAACUGGCGAAUCCGGUUUCAAGAUUUUGUCGGACUUUCUCCUCAAUAAAGGGCGACACGGACUUGUGUUUCCUUGGGGGAACAGACCGAAGGAUCAUCACCCUGGAAAGGAAAUGUAUAUCAUUCCACUUUUGUCUAGUCAUCCGCUUCCUGACUACAUCGAGUUAUUGGAUGAUUUAUGCUUGCCGAAAAUCCGAACGACCAACUAUCUCGUCGGGAUCUGGAUAUUGAAUAAAGGCAGACUUGCAUCUCCUCCUCCAACAUUACCUCCUCAAUUAACUCCAUCUGCUCCAGUACCGUAUAGUUCUACUCCAGCGCCUGUUUUGACCCCUCUUCCCUCAGCAGCCUCAUUACUACCAUCUAUCCCCAUCCCAGUCCCCAGUCCAGUCAACACAAAUAUCAACGCAAGGCGAUCUAUCGAUCAGAAUGCACUUGCAGCAGAGCUCGCCUCUCUCACCCCUGAACAGUUGGCUUUCGUCACACAAGCGCUUGCAAAUACUCCACUAACAUCUGUUGCGGCUGCAUCAGCCAUUCCACCCAACGCUGGACCCUCUCAAGCACAGAUAGCGAUGCAUAUGCCAUUCGAUCAGCGUUGGGGUGCGCAAUCGCCGUUGAACAUGCAUCCUCCUGCACCGUCCUUUCCUCCGCCAGGUCGUGGAGGUGCUAGGGCCGCGAUAAUCGCGAAAGUCGAGGAGGAAGAGGACGUGGACGUGGACGAGGGGAUAACUUUCACAUGA